CCCAAAAAGUCCAUUACUCUCUAUUUCCCUCUGGUCUGUCGCUGUUUCCUUGAUUCUGAUAGAUUGGGAUUUCAAAUUCCCAGUAAUUCCAAUUCCAAUUCCAAUGGAUCGAGCCCAGUUAUUUCUGUUGGGUAUACCAAUGUUUCUGUUUUGUACCGACAUUGUAAACCUCUUCAUACCCCCACCUCCAAAAGUACCCACUACUAAUCAAUUCCAUUACAAACCCCCUAACCCAAUUCCCCAACAACCAAUUCUCAACCAACCUCUUGAUUUUCCCACACAGAAACCAAGUGGCAUUGUCGGUGGAGGAAUUGGUCUGGGCAGCACUGUCAACAUCAACUUUUGCUCUUCCUGUUCUUACAGAGGAAAUGCAGUAACAAUGAAGAACAUGCUAGACACAUCAUUUCCUGGGAUCAAUGUUGCUCUGGCGAACCACCCACCUCCACUUCCAAAACGCCUACUGAGUAAAGCUGUACCUGUUGUUCAAUUUGGAAUUAUUGGGACAAUAAUGGCAGGUGAACAGAUUUUUCCAAGGUUGGGAUUUGCAGCACCACCUCCUUGGUUCUACUCCUUGCGUGCCAAUAAAUUUCGAAGUAUUGCAAGCACUUGGCUUUUGGGGAACUUCAUCCAAUCCUUCCUGCAGAGUUCUGGUGCUUUUGAAGUAUAUUGUAAUGGUGAACUGGUUUUCUCUAAGCUGAAGGAGAAUAGAUUCCCUAGCGAAAUUGAGCUGAGAGAUCUUGUUGGCAGGAAACUUAGUAGCUCGAGAGUUGUGGAUGGUAUAGGAGGAGGUGUCUGGUCUUAGUGCCCAGUGGAGGCUGAAGUUUGUUCACAAAUUUGCGGUGACAUACAGAGGAAAAUGCUGUCAUUGUGAAUUUUUAACCCCUGUAACGUUCUCAUUAAUCAUGUACUGAACAAUGGUUACAUACCCUUUAAUUUUGGCAUCGCCUUGUGUCUGAUAUAAUUUACAAAAAAGAAAGAAAAAUCCUUUGUGAAUCAGGCACUUCUUUUUUCCUCAUUUAUUAGAUGACCACUCUUUAACAA